AUCAGAAAACAACAUUGUCAAUGAGUCUGUACGCCUUCAAAGUCAGUCAUCGGGCCACAACCAUGUGUGCUCAGUUGAAACGGCAUCAUCCUGAGGAAGCCUGGAUGAGGCAGAGCAUGUCCACAGACUGUACCAGCCUCCAUGUCCAGAAUGUACCAGCCUCCAUGUCCACAGACUGUACCAGCCUCCAUGUUUACAGACUGUACCGGUCUCCAUGUCCACAGACUGUACCAGCCUCCAUGUUCAGACUGUACCAGCCUCCAUGUCCAGACUGUACCUGCCUCCAUGUCCACAGACUGUACAAGCAUCAAUGUCCAGAAUGUACCAGCCUCCAUGUCCACAGACUGUACCAGCCUUCAUGUCUACAGACUGUACCUGCCUCCAUGUCCACAGACUGUACCUGCCUCCAUGUCCACAGACUGUACCUGCCUCCAUGUCCACAGACUGUACAAGCAUCAAUGUCCAGACUGUACCACCCUCCAUGUCCACAGACUGUACCAGCCUCCAUGUCUACAGACUGUACCUGCCUCCAUGUCCACAGACUGUACCAGCCUCCAUGUCCAGACUGUACCUGCCUCCAUGUCCACAGACUGUACCUGCCUCCAUGUCCACAGACUGUACCAGCCUCCAAGUCCACAGACUGUACCAGCCUCCAUGUCCAGACUCCACUAGCCUCCAUGUCUACAGACUCUACCAGCCUCCAUGUCCACAGACUCUACCAGCCUCCAUGUCCACAGACUCCACCAGUCUCCAUGUCUACAGACUCUACCAGCCUCCAUGUCCACAGACUCCACCAGUCUCCAUGUCUACAGACUGUACCAGCCUCCAUGUCCACAGACUAGCUUUUCAUAGUUACUGGUAGUCUUUUGAAAAGUGGUAACUUUUAUAUUGUCAUAAUACAUAACACACACACACACACACAC